CUUCCCACCUCAGAGCAGCUGCAUGACUUCCUGAGAAUUCUAUUGCAGUAGCCAGAGAUAAACACUCAUUUGUGCAUAUAACGUGCAAGUCUCCAGUUUCUAUUCUUCUUCCUUCUCUGCUCUUUCCCUUCCCCCACUUUGAACCAGGGAAGCUAAACUCUGGCGGGGUUGAAGCGGCUUGAGAAGUACUAAGAAAGAGGAAGAAGAAUCGGGGUCUAUUGGCUAGCAAAUGUGCCAUGCCCUGACCUCUCUCCUCUGGAAAAGAAACAUUCCUAAAGAGCAGGAGCCCUGUGAAUGGAGUGCACCAUCCAGAGUAUCCAGACCUAUUUUUGUAGCUCUCCAUCCAGGGUUAGCUCACCAGGAGACUAGCAGGUUGGAAUUUCUGAAGAUUUGGAUCUUGCUUCAGGGAGCAAAAGGACCUUAAACUGUGAAGCUUGGAAUCAGCAGGCACCAAGCAGACAUUCCUGGAGAACAUGAAUGGAACUGAAAAUCUGACAACAUCUCUCAUUAAUAACACAUGUCAAGACACAAUUGAUGAAUUCCGAAAUCAAGUGUACUCCACUAUGUACUCUAUGAUCUCUGUUGUGGGUUUCUUUGGCAAUAGCUUUGUGCUCUAUGUCCUCAUAAAAACAUACCAUGAGAAAUCAGCCUUCCAAGUAUACAUGAUUAAUCUAGCCAUAGCAGAUCUACUCUGUGUAUGUACAUUGCCUCUCCGUGUGGUCUAUUAUGUUCACAAAGGCAAAUGGUUCUUUGGUGACUUUUUGUGCCGCCUCACCACCUAUGCCUUGUAUGUUAACCUCUAUUGUAGCAUCUUCUUUAUGACAGCCAUGAGCUUUUUCCGGUGUGUUGCAAUUGUCUUUCCAGUCCAGAACAUUAAUUUGGUUACACAGAAAAAAGCCAGGUUCCUGUGCAUUGGAAUUUGGAUUUUUGUGAUUUUGAUAAGUUCUCCCUUUUUAAUGAACAAAUCUUACCAAGAUGAGAAAAACAAUACUAAAUGCUUUGAGCCACCACAGGACAAUCAAGCUAAAAAAUACGUUUUUGUCUUGCAUUAUGUGUCAUUAUUCUUUGGUUUCAUCAUCCCUUUUGUCACCAUAAUUGUCUGUUACACAAUGAUCAUUCUGACCUUACUAAAAAAUACAAUGAAGAAAAACAUGCCAAGUCGUAGGAAGGCUAUAGGGAUGAUCAUAGUUGUGACAGCUGCCUUUUUAGUCAGCUUCAUGCCAUAUCAUAUUCAACGAACUAUCCACCUUCACCUUUUACACAGUGAAACUAGACCCUGUGAUUCUGUCCUUAGGAUGCAGAAGUCAGUGGUCAUAACCUUAUCUCUAGCUGCAUCAAAUUGUUGCUUUGAUCCUCUGCUGUAUUUCUUUUCAGGUGGAAAUUUUAGGAGAAGGCUGUCUACAUUUAGAAAGCAUUCUUUGUCCAGUAUGACUUAUAUACCCAAGAAGAAAGCUUCCUUGCCAGAAAAAGGAGAAGAAAUAUGUAAUGAAUAAUUCAAACUCAUCUCCAGUGCAGAACAAUGAAAAAUUCCCUAACAAGUAUUUUUCUAAAUAAAAAAAUUUUUUAAAGUUGCCCAUUAAUAGUUUACAAAUAAUUAUAUCUAUCUCAUUUAUAAAUGCUAUUAUUUGAUAUUUUAAGUGUUCAAAAUUCAGUUUAUAACUGUGAACUAACCCACAGAUUUCUUUUUGAGGACUCACCAGAAACUGGGGAAUAUUUAUGGUUCUGAACUAUAAAACUGAGUAUGAAGUCAAGAAUAUAAAAAGGAUUUAAAAAGCUACAUACUAGACUUUUGAGUUCAGCUUUUAAAUAUAGUUUUAAAAUUAACAAAUAGUCAUCAGUCACCCUAACAUAUCCCUUUGCAUGCAUGCCAUCAGAUGAGACCUGGAGAUGACCCAGGACAUACAUUUGGUCAGCCGUUUCCUUUGUAGUACUGACUAGUUAGGUAAAGUAGUGCCCUGUCUUCCAGAAGAGAAUGUUCAAGUGCUAGAACAGCCCAAUAUUCGGCCAAAUAGCUCCACAGGCUGCAUGAAAUUUAAAUCUGGAAAACAAGGAAGAUGAAUCUGAUCAAAGGCCAGUUUGUCUCUAAUUUUCUUCUGCCCUUGACUCAAGCACCCACAAAAGAAUGGUGUUCUUUUUGCUCACUGUGGUUCAAUCCCAGUUCUACCUAUAAUCCUUCCUUAAUAAGUAAGGCAACUGGCAUUCCCAUAUAUGAUGGAAGCAGUCAAAAUUCAUCAGAAGUAAAGAAAAUAGGCCUACCUUUCUACAUGAGAUUUGUUGGAAUCAACAUUUACUAUAUUAGAUACCAGAAGAAAGUUUGAAUAUCCAUGUCAUUAAUACUUUAAUAAGUAUAUGCAUUUAUAUGUAUGUAUAUAAAUAUAUGUAAUCUAUCUUGUUCUAUGGUAUGCAUUUAUUGUUAGUUAAUUAUGAGAUUUAUUGUUGUUUUACACUUCUUUCUUUUUUAUUAGCAUGUUGAAAGUAAUAUUUGUUUAUAGUGAUUUUUAUAUUAUACCAGAAGCUUUGUUCUUAAAACAAACCAUGGAAAACAGCUUGGUUGUGACUAAAAUAUGAUAUUCAUUGGCAAAGUUUUGCUGAAGGUCACUUCGUUCCUAACUAUGAGUUUCAAAAUUCACAUUAACUCAGAAGAAAUAAAUGAUAACAGAGAUGGAAAAAAGAAAAACCAUGAAUGGAGUUGUGUCUGCAUCAGCCACAUGAAAACUUCUUCUAUUUCACUUCUGCUGGACCCCUUGGAAAGUUUUGUUUAAAGCAUAAUGAAACGAGGACUCUGAAGAUGAAAAAUAACUGGAACUUAUUGAUUUCUGUUGAACAUGUCUGAAAAUUGGCAGUGUCUAUAUUACUCUUAUUUACUCUUGCUUGAAACAAAUAUCAAACAUAUUUGUCAAAAGACAUCAGGUCUCAUUUUCUACAUUUCUGCUUUGUGGUGGAAGAGCAUGGCACUGGAAGCCAAGAUGCCUGCAUGUGAACCUGGUCUCUUUUAACCUGGUCUUGUUUAACUUAACAAAGUUAACAUAACUUUGAGUGAAAUUUGUAAGCCUAAAACCUUAACUUUCUCAGAUGUAAGAUAAGAAUGAUACUUGUUUUGCUUUCUUGUGAACAUUUGAAGGAUUCAAAGAUGGUUAGAUAUGCUAAAAUUGUAUCCUAAAACAUAUACAGUAAGAUGCCACUUUAAAGUAUUUAUCCCUUCUCAGCCUUUUGGCUAAGAUCAAGUGUAAAGUAUUUAUAGGAGAGUUGUUAAAUAUGCUAAUUCAUAUUUAUUAUAUCCAUUUUUAAUUUUGAAAGAAUUUGAACAAGACAUUGCCACAGUUAAAUUCUAGUGCAUAUAAUCAUGUUGCUCAUUUAUUCCUAUGUCCAAACUUUUGUUUGUAUUUGCCGUUCCACUCACAUAUGUACCUACGUGUACCAUAUCAAUAUGGCACAGAACUUCAGUCACCUGCAAACUCACAAUGAAUGUAUUGUUCUUUUUUGAAUUAUGUCUUUAUAGCCUAUACCAUACAACUUACUUCUUACUACUUUCUCCAGUUUCUCCAUGUGUAUUAGUAUUUUCUC